AUGGCAAUCGAAGGACAGUAUAAUACCAAUAAUGGUGGAUCCAGUACAAGGAUGCGAGAUAAUUUGGCAGGUCCCUCCCAUGGUUCGAGGACUCUUACUGUAGAAGAGACUUACGAAAGUGACCAAGAUAAUGUUGCAUCAAAUGGAUCUGAAGAAGAAGUUGGAGUCUUACGUUUGCGUGGUGAUAUGACAGUAAGAAGGCCUCGUGCCAUCCAGUGGGAUGAGAAUGUGGUCGAUAAUGAACAUCUCGGCAGAAAGAAAUCCAAAAUCUGCUGCAUCUAUCAUCGUCCUCGUGCGGUUGGGGAGUCUUCAGACUCUGAGAGUAGCAGUGAUAGUGGUAGUGGUAGCAGUAGCGGAGAAAGUAGUAACAAUGACCGUGCAAGACCAUGCAAUCAUAGUCACCACCGUCGCAAUAAGAAGAAGAAUCCUCGCCAAGUGAGCCCAAAUGCCUAUGAAAAGCAACCGGUUUACAAAGGUGUGUAG